AUGAGUAGUACUGAAAGCAGCGGUGGAGGGUCGAGUAACGCUUCCCCAAGGUCAGAUGGUGAAGGCUCCACUUCCAUUACUAGAGUCAGCAGCAGCAGCAGCAGCGAUAGCAGUAAAAGCAGCAGCAAAAGUAGUACCAGCAGCAGCGGUAGCAGUAAAAGCAGCAGCGAAGAUGAGAGAAAGAAAAACCCUGGAAAGAAAAAAGGAGUGUCUGUGCAGUCAAGUGACACGACGAGUUAUAAUAUGCAGUCGUCUUCGUUCAAAGUUAGCGGAUCUACUGAAAGAAAAGACAGCCGUAGCACAACAACGAAGUCCCAACUUGGGUCAGAAAGUAAAGCACAAACUAGUUUAGAUUCAGAACUAGCGACAACAGAAGAUAAAUCGGGGUGCCGUGAGGAGUGGGCGGAGUUGCGCAACAUGGUGUCGGAUAUCCGCUCGCGAAUGAAGCAGUGCCACCUGCCACCAUUAGAUGUGACAGUAAUUGAAAAGUUUAUACUCCGAGUAGUGGAGGAGAGCGAAGGGGGUAACAGCUCACCCGCAGUCGUCUCCGCUCCUCAGCGCCUCAGGAAUUGCGGGAGGGUUCGCCCACUGCGAUAUUCUUUGCCUGGAGGGCCAUAUGUUAGAAACAUACCGAGUCGCAUUACUGUGACGAAGUCACUUGGGCGUGUGGUGCAGUUCAGAGCGCGGUCACGUCACGCCGAUCAUUAUAAUUCCGUGUACAAUCAGUUGCAGGCCGCUGCUGAUGUAUGUGUGCCGGGACGCUUAAGCGCAACGGAAGGUGGCGAUGGUGGUGGUAGUGCCGUUGGUGCGCAUGGAAGUAAAAUGCCAGGAGGAUCUUCUCACGCUCCGUUGGUUUUCGUUGGGUACGAUAACGGUAACGGUGAUAAAGGCGGUGACAUUGAUAUGGACCAGGAUAUAGACGUGCCAAUGUUGUUUACUCCAGGUGUAAUGGAGGUUAUAUGCCUAGACAACAUUUUGCGCAGGCAUGAGCAAUCCAUUCUCAUCACGCUGGCUGCCAUUAACAAACGGGAAUCUGUUAUGGAGAGACUUCGUGCCUUCUUGGUUAUUGCUGCUAAAGAUUUAUCUAUACCUUCAGCGGGUGGAUAUGACGUGGGGACGGAUGGUUGUUCCAAUAGUGCAGACGGCAAUCCUGCAUCUGCUACUGCAUCGUCUCUGGUUCUCCAGCGCUGUGGUGCACCGGUACCCCUUAGGCGUUACAUGGAUGUUAACGAUGCGAGCUGGACUUCAUUCCGUGCCAAAGCCAACAAGAAGAAGUGGGGUGUUCAAAGUUUGAAACAGCGGUGGGGCUCCGAUGCACGACUGCGCGGCGGAUAUCCGGCCGUGUGGCAGCGCUAUUAUAAGUUGGGUGUGUUGUGCCUCUUAUAUCAGCUCCAGCAGGCAUCGUUGGAGGUGGUGGAGGGCAUUCGUGCAUGGCGUGGGACUCUUACCGCCCCGUUUCCAUUUGUUACCAAAGGGCACAAUUAUUUGCUUGCCAUGGCGCAAAGUAUGGCUGAACUCGCCAAUGACCCCGUCAUGCAUUUCCUCUUCCCGCCACCUACCCCGAGGAAGAAGAGGCCUGGGGAACCAAAACCAAAGCCUGGCAUCAGUUUCAAAUUUAGUGAUCCCGACCCGGCGAGUUUUGUAUUGCCCAUGUGCCUACAAUAUUACCCACUGCUUUCCAAUAUGCCGCAUUUACCAGUGUACAAACAACCUCCUAAUGCUUUGGUUGGGAUUAACACUCCAUUCGACUUUGGAGGUGCUGACACCAAAGGAAAUGAGGAGGGUCUGAGAGGAACAAUUCCCAUGCCAUCUUCUUAUGUUGGGGCAUUGGUGGUGCAUCAAGGCCGUAUACGCCCUAACAGUAGCAGUGGCGGCAGCGGUUCCUCUCAGACCCUUUUAGAUUUAUCGUAUGGCCGUCGGUUAUUAAAGGCUGAACAGGUUGUACAUAGUGAACUGCGUGUACAGUUGCGGUUGAUAGAAUGGGAAUUGACGUUGUGUGCGAAGGGGUGUUAUCCCCUUCUGCUACGCGAUGUGGGCCAAACGGAAGUAGUAUAUUUACGAUCAACAAAGCGGCAAGAAGAAUGGUACUUUCACCUGCGUGACAAACUCAUUUGUCUUGAGGAGGGAAGUAGUGCCGUAGUGAGAGGUUAG